UCACGGGGCGUAUUUGGAAAUUCGGUAUUCCUGCAGGGGCUGACACGCAAAAGCGGUAUCCCCUGCCUCAACGAUUGGGUUUCCCUGCAUUAAUUUCCCGUCUGCUCCUCCUCUCUCCUCCUCUUCUUCUCCCAGCUGCGUCGUCGCCCACACGAUCCACCAGCACCACCUCCACCUCCCUCUUCUCGCCGUCUCCCACCGAUCCCGACCCCAGGUUGCUCUUCGUUGGGUUCAGCAUGGGUCUGGUGAAGGAGGGCGCCGACAUGGAGGAGGGAACCCUGGAGAUCGGCAUAGAGUACAGGACAGUUUCUGGUGUGGCAGGACCUCUGGUUAUCUUGGACAAAGUAAAGGGCCCAAAAUACCAGGAGAUUGUAAACAUCCGAUUGGGAGAUGGCACCACCCGGCGUGGUCAAGUUCUGGAAGUUGAUGGUGAAAAGGCUGUUGUGCAGGUCUUUGAAGGUACUUCAGGAAUAGACAACAAAUACACAACUGUUCAGUUCACAGGCGAGGUCCUGAAAACUCCUGUCUCGCUUGAUAUGCUUGGACGUAUUUUUAACGGUUCUGGAAAACCUAUUGAUAGGCCCCCGAUAUUGCCUGAGGCCUACUUGGAUAUCUCCGGGAGUUCUAUUAACCCAAGUGAGAGAACCUACCCAGAGGAGAUGAUUCAAACAGGGAUAUCUACAAUUGAUGUCAUGAACUCCAUUGCUCGAGGGCAAAAGAUUCCUCUCUUUUCUGCUGCUGGUCUUCCUCAUAAUGAAAUCGCUGCUCAGAUUUGUCGUCAGGCUGGUCUUGUCAAGAGGCUAGAGAAAGGAAAGCAUGCAGAGGGUGGUGGUGAAGAUGACAAUUUUGCUAUUGUGUUUGCUGCUAUGGGAGUGAACAUGGAGACAGCCCAAUUCUUCAAACGUGAUUUUGAAGAGAAUGGUUCAAUGGAGAGGGUCACCCUUUUCCUGAACUUGGCAAAUGACCCCACGAUCGAACGUAUCAUCACCCCUCGUAUUGCGCUAACAACAGCAGAAUAUUUGGCAUAUGAAUGUGGGAAGCACGUUCUUGUCAUCUUGACAGAUAUGAGUUCAUAUGCAGAUGCACUUCGUGAGGUAUCAGCAGCCCGAGAAGAGGUGCCAGGUAGGCGUGGUUAUCCUGGAUAUAUGUAUACUGAUCUGGCAACCAUUUAUGAGCGUGCUGGGCGUAUUGAGGGAAGAACAGGCUCCAUUACCCAAAUACCCAUUCUAACUAUGCCUAAUGAUGAUAUCACACAUCCAACUCCUGAUCUCACGGGGUACAUUACUGAAGGACAGAUAUACAUUGACAGACAGCUCCAUAACAGACAGAUAUACCCACCCAUCAAUGUCCUUCCAUCACUCUCUCGGUUGAUGAAGAGUGCUAUUGGUGAGGGUAUGACCCGUCGAGACCAUUCAGAUGUGUCUAAUCAGCUUUAUGCCAACUAUGCUAUUGGAAAGGAUGUCCAGGCCAUGAAAGCAGUCGUGGGAGAGGAGGCUCUCUCUUCUGAAGAUCUGCUUUAUCUAGAGUUCCUUGACAAAUUUGAGAGGAAAUUUGUAGCACAGGGAGCAUACGAUACUCGGAACAUCUUCCAGUCACUUGACCUAGCAUGGACAUUGCUCCGCAUCUUCCCUCGCGAGCUUCUCCAUCGUAUCCCUGCGAAGACCUUGGACGCGUUCUACAGCAGAGACGCUGCCCACUGAUCUUUGUUGGGAGAUCCAAUGUUUUCUCAAGUGCAGAUUGAAUAAAUUGAGCAGUUCAAACUUCUGGCCUUUUUACUGUAGUAAUUAUAUAGUCAGAUCCCAUUCUUUUUGAAGCAGCGAGCAUAUGUUAUCUGUAGAUUUCUUUGGUCACGGCGUCUUCUGUAAUAUUAUUGUCUUGUGUAAUAUCAUCUCCUGUAUUGUUGAACCAACGCACAUGAGCUGUUUUUUGGUUUCACUUCCCGGAACUGUUAGCAAGAGCAUUCUAGGCCAAGAUGCUCGAACACGCUGGUUGUAUCUACUUUUGUGUAUGAAUAAAGAUGGGGCAAUAAACUGUGCUGGACUGCA